AUGGCCGAGGCAGCAGUCACGGAGCACGCCCGCAAAACGCCGAAAACACGCGCGGCGCCGUUCGCCAGCCGUGUGGUGCCUGUCCGCAGCGGCCCGGCCAGCUUGCAGGCGCAGGCGGCAUCGUUGGAGCGCGAGACCAGCGCGUUUUUGCACAAGCGCAGAUCGGACGUGGACGUGGUGUGCGUGCCCGAAAGCGUGCCCACGGCCAACCACAGCGUGGUGUCGUUGGCCGAGUUGUACUACUUGACGCAGACGUUGCCGCUCACCAAGCUCUUGCCCGGCACGCACAAGACGCUUCUGACGGAGAACUUCGAGCUGGCGCUUUUGGAGGGCAAGGUGGCGGUGUUGUUCUCGCGCAUCGAGGAGCUCAAGCGGCUGCGCAAGUGGCUGUUGCGCCAGCCGGUGCGCUACUACGACCCGUUCGUGUACGCGAGGCGCAACCGCAAAGGCCGGCUUCUUGCGUGGGACUACGUGCUCCAGGAGGGGCGGUGGAUGGCCGCGGAUUUCCGCGAGGCCGCCAAGUACAAGAAGCUCUGCUGCGUGACCAUGGCGCAGGCCGUGCGCGACUUCUGGGCCUACGGGCGCGUGGUAGGCCCCUUCAAGGCGCACGUGGACGUGCACCAGAUGCACAGGCUCGACCAGGCCAUCGUGCGCAGCCUCCCCCGCUUCUCCGCGUUCGCCGACGCCGACGACUCCCGCAAGCCCGUGCGCACCGGCGAGAGCUCGCUCGUGCCGGUGUCCCGCAUGCUCUGCCCCAUGGAGCGCGACGACGAGUGGCACAAGAUCGUGUUGCGCGACUCGCGCAGAUCAUCUCGGGCGCCCGCGCCCGCGCAGGGCCUCCCCGAGUUCCAGAAGGGCCUCUUUGGCGUGCAGCUGCACCGGCGCUUGAACUUCUUGCGGCCGCCCAAGCCGCCGCUCGUCAAGAACAUCGAGUUCCGCUCGCCCACCAUCUGGCUCCCGCAGGACGACAAGUUGUUGAUCCACUACGUGGCCGAAUACUGCUUCAACUGGGACUUGAUCGCCGAGAACAUCCCCAGCCACGCGGCCACGUUGCGCCGCUGCGAGUCCAACAUCGAGCGCCGCACGCCCUGGCAGUGCUUCGAGCGGUACGUCCAGCUCAACGAGAAGUUCCAGUUCUCCGACAUGAAGGGCAUCAACGCGUACCUGGCGCAGCAGUGGCUUGAGCACGCGCACAAGGCCCAGCUGACCACCAAGCGCCGCAUCUCGCCGCUCGGCGUUGGCAACGAGAGCAUCCAGCGCGGCCACCGCCGCCUCCGCUGGGCAUCCAUGUUCGACGCCAUGCGCAAGACCAUGCGCAAGCGCGAGACCGCCGCGGCCAAGGCGUCCUCGCGCAGAUCCACCACCGCGCUGCCGGACCCGGCGGCCCCAGGCCUCGGUCUGGACCGCCCGCCCAAGCGGGCGCCAGACAGGAUCCCGACGCCGGCAGAACUCUCGCGUUUGAAGGUUGACCGUGACAAGUCCUUGCAGGAGGCGUACGUGCACCAGCAGGCCACGCGGUCCAAGAUGAUGGCCGCGGCGGGGCGCCCGGGCUCCCAGCAGCGUGCUGCCGGCACACUGCCCGGCCUGGCGCCGCAGUCCAAACAACCCGCUCCCAGUUUCAAGCGGCCCACCACACCCAAUGGCACGCCGUUGACCGUGGAGCAGAUCCAGCGGCUCUUGCAGAUCCAGAAACAGAGGCGCUUGAUCCAGCAGCAGGGCCAGCCGGCCGUUUCCGCGGGCACCCGGGCGGACGUGCCCCUGCGCGGCCGCAUCCAGUUCCCGCCGGCGCAGGUGUCGGCCAUCAUCAACUCGAUCCAGCAGAAGAACCCCAACCUCUCCAAGGACCAGGUCACGAAGCUCGCGGCGCUGUACUUGGCCAAUCUCCAGCAGCAGCAGCAAAGCAAGCUCGAGCAGCAGGCCGCCCGUGCCGCCACCGCCGGCGACUCGGCCGCCGCGCAGCAGAGCCUCCAGGCACGCCAGGCCCAGCUCUCGCGCCAGCGGUUGGCGGCCCAGGCCUCCGUGGGGCUUGUGGGCAAGGAGCCGGACGCACAGACGUUGUCGAAGAUGCAGUACGAGGAGCGCAAGAAGCUCAUGAUGCAACAGGGCGGCGCUCAGUACGGCCAGGGCGCAGUUCCAAGAAAGUCCGCUGGUGCUCCGCUGCACGGCUCAAAAGGCCCAAAGAAACCUGGUUCCCGGGGCUAA